GUGGUGGAAGAGAAAAGGAAAGUGGACCGGGGUGGUGCGCCCCAGGACCGCUCUCUCUCCAGCCGCUGGCAUUACGGGCACAGGCAGCUGUGAAGUUGUGUGUGUGUGUGUGUGUGUGUGUGUGUGUGUGUGUAUCCAGGCGUGGUGGCGCACGCUUUUAAUCCCAGCACUCGGGAGACAGAGGUAGGAGGAUCGCCGUGAGUUCGAGGCCACCCUGAGACGAUACAGUGAAUUCCAGGCUUUAGGACAAGUGACAGGGCCCUCCCGCGGGCGACGCGCUCUGGAGCCGCGAUGGCCAAGAAAAGAAUCGCCGUGAUCGGGGCAGGAUCCAGCGGACUUACUUGCAUCAAGUGCUGCCUGGAGGAAGGCUUGGAGCCCGUCUGCUUUGAAAGGUCUAAUGACAUCGGAGGACUCUGGAGGUUCCAGGAAAAUCCUGAAGAAGGUCGGGCCAGCAUUUACAGAUCGGUGAUCAUCAAUACCUCCAAGGAGAUGAUGUGCUUCAGUGACUAUCCCAUCCCAGACCACUUCCCGAACUUCAUGCACAACUCGCAGAUCAUGGAGUACUUCAGGAUGUAUGCCAAGGACUUCGACCUGCUAAAGUACAUCCGGUUCAAGACCAUUGUGUGCAGCGUGAAGAAGCGGCCUGAUUUCCCUGCUUCAGGCCAGUGGGAGGUGGUCACUGAGAGUGAAGGGAGAAAGCACACGGAUGUCUUCGAUGGAGUCAUGGUUUGCACGGGCCAUCACACUGAUGCCCACCUGCCCCUGGAAAGCUUUCCUGGAAUUGAAAAAUUCAAAGGACAGUACUUCCACAGCCGAGACUAUAAGAACCCGGUGGGAUUCACUGGGAAAAGAGUCAUUGUAAUUGGCAUUGGGAAUUCUGGCGGGGAUCUGGCUGUCGAGAUUAGCCACACAGCCAAGCAGGUAUUUCUCAGCACCAGGAGAGGGGCUUGGAUCCUGAACCGUGUAGGGAAACAUGGAUACCCUUCCGAUGUGUUGCUCUCUUCUCGACUUUACAAUUUUUUGUCAAAGUUGCUUGGUAAAUCACUAGGAAGUAAAUUUUUGGAAAACCAGAUAAACCACAGAUUUGACCAUGAGUUGUUUGGCCUGAAGCCUAAACACAGACUUCUGAGUCAGCAUCCAACGGUAAAUGAUGAACUGCCCAAUCGUAUAAUUUCCGGCUUGGUGAAGGUGAAAGGAAAUGUGAAGGAGUUCACAGACACAGCUGCCAUAUUUGAAGAUGGCUCCAGGGAGGAUGACAUUGACGCUGUCAUCUUUGCCACCGGCUAUCGUUUUGACUUUCCUUUUCUUGAUGGUUGUGUCAAAGUGGUCAAAAACAAGGUGUCCCUGUAUAAAAAGGUCUUCCCUCCUAAUCUGGAAAAGCCAACUCUCGCAAUAAUCGGUUUAAUUCAACCCCUGGGGGCCAUUAUGCCCAUCGCAGAACUCCAAGGACGCUGGGUCACUCAAGUAUUUAAAGGGUUGAAGACAUUGCCUUCACAAAGUGAAAUGAUGGCAGAAAUAAAUAAGACUCAAGAAGAAAUGGCCAAACGGUAUGUGGACAGCCAGCGCCACACCAUCCAGGGAGAUUACGUAGACACCAUGGAAGAGCUUGCUGACCUGGUGGGUGUCAAGCCCAAUCUCCUGUCCCUUGCCUUCACCGAUCCCAAGCUGGCAUUCCAGUUACUGUUUGGCCCCUGCACUCCAGUCCAUUAUCGUCUGCAGGGCCCUGGCAAGUGGGAUGGGGCUCGAAAAACUAUCUUGACCACGCAAGAUCGUAUCCACAAGCCACUGAUGACAAGGCCAGUGGAAAAGAGCAGUUCCGUGAUGCCAGCCGCGACAGUGGGCAUGUUUAUGGUAGCUGUUGUCUUCCUUGCUGUGUUCCUGGCUUAUUUUUAGGCGUCCCAGGGCCAGUGUUCCAUCUAGAGAUGCCUUCAGAGCCCAAGACCAAACACUCAGCUUCAUACUGCCCAGAAAUCGACUUGUGUCUCUCUUUCUCACACACACACACACACACACACACACACACACACACGCACACACUCUUCCUGUACUCCUUCACUUGUCGGCUCACGUGCCCUCCUCUCUUGGCCUGCCACUUCUCUCAUCGUUCCCACACGGUGAGCUUAAAGCUGUAAAAGUCACCCUUAGGUCUUCUAGCCCUGCCCACUCUGGACCUCACACGUGAUGCAUCUUGGGAAGAGAGCCGGCAUCAAGUGAUGUUGGGCUUUAACUUGGAAGUUGAGGCAACGCGUACUUUUCAGGGAUUCCAGCAGAGGGCAGUCAAGAAAGAAUAAUCAUGGGGGCUGGAGGUAUGGCUUAGCCGGUAAGGUGCUUGCCUGCAAAGCCAAAGGACCCAGGUUCAAUUCCCCAGGACCCACGUAAGCCAGCUGCACAAGGUGGUGCAUGCGUCUGGAGCUUGUAUGCAGUGAAUGGAGGCCUUGGCAUGCCCAUUCUCUCUCUCUCUCAAAUAAAACAAAAAUUUUUUAAAGAAUGUCUUUCUGAAAGUUGGGGAAGUCCAAGAUCAAGGGGACAAGAUUGAGGGCUUCCUUGCUGCAUCAUUAACACAGGUGUGUCCUUAGCAAAGUGUAUAUAUAAAUAUAAUGUAAUUUUUCUAAUAGGAUUUUGUUUUCUGGGAGGAGAUUAAUUUUGCUUUAAUAUUGUAACUGAAUGUAUGUUUUCUGAGAUAAGGGCUACAUUGAUCUCACAAUGGUUAUGUAUAACUAAGACAAGACAUAUACUUCCCUAGCCCUUUGCUUUUACUUUCUGUUCUCUGGUGUACCUGGUAACUGGUUAGUCUUAUUCCUUUUCCCUAAGUAAUAUUUGUGUAAUUUUAUUAAAAAAAAAUUACUAGGGGUGAAGCUA